GGUUUGUGGAGUUCGUUGAUGAUUAAAAACAAAUAUAUCGGCGCAAUGUAUGAUUUCAAUCCGUGUUAUUUGCUAUAGUGGAUCUAUUUUUUCAGAUACCUCACAACCGCGUGCGUAUAUACUUCAGCUCUAUAUUUGAGUCUUACAAAAUGCCAAAUAAAACACGACCGAAACUGUAUUUCGCUACACUACUUUUUUUAAUCAUUAAUGAACACCAUGAACUUUACCAACAUUGCUUGAUUGACAAUCCAACUAACACUUUAUAUGUAAAGUGCACAAGGCACUGUUUUUUAUAUACGUAUACAUUUUCCAGCUCAGUAAUGUUUUUCUGUGAGCUCACCACAGUGCAUUCUGGGAUAGCCUUCUCCACAAAGCAACACUAGAUUACAAUUUGACCUAAACAUUUUUAUGUCAGGAGUGCAACUAUGAUGUCUUAAAGUGCUGUCUUUAUGGACAGAUCAUUAAAUUUCAGAACAGAGCCAUAGUACCCAUGUUUUACUUAAAAUGUUAGUGCUCGAUUAUUCUUUUAAUAACAAUGUUAAUUUGAACGACAGGUUCUGAUUUGCUAAAAAUGAGCAGAGACGACUUCAUUCAAAUCUGUGGGCCUGCUGAUGGAAUCCGUCUUUUUAAUACAAUCGAGGGGAGGUGCGUACAACCACGUCUCACUUUCUAUGUAUCUCAGCUGCAGAAUAGAUAUCAAUCACAUGCCAAAGGAGGGGCUGAUGGAGUCUACCAUGCCCUCUACCUAGAGGACCUUCCUGUGUUUGAGCUUCCUGAGAAGAUAGCCAAUCUAUACAAUGUGCCCUCACACUUGGUUUCGGAUGCGGUAAGAGGGCAGAAGUUGGUCCUAUAGAUUAGCUAGAAGUUUUGGGUGCUUUUUUAGAAAAAAAGUUUUAUUUUAAAGUUUCAAUUGACAUUUAUGGCUACUG